AUGCAGCGAAAGCUCGAUCCCACCGGCAUGUACCGGCGUCCAGGUAGUGCGUCCUCGAACUACCAGCGCUCCCAGCAGCAGCAGUUCCACCAUCAACAGUUCCAGAAUCACCAGCGGAUGUCGCCUCAGCAGCAGAAGCAGCAUCAAGUCAUGUGCCAUUACCUGGACCCGACCGGGCUCUACUAA